UGGCACUUUCUCAAAGUUACGUUAGCAAUCGUUGGAUCGAUUCACGCAAGAAUGGAGCGGAAAUUACACAGCGGCAUUCACCACCCCACGUUGCGACUGCUGCAGGAAUGUGGUUGUGAAAUAUUGCCUCACAAUCUAAUGUACCCCGUGUUCAUUAUCAGUGAAGACGAUGAUGUGCAGCCAAUUAAAAGCAUGCCGGGCAUAUCCCGCCUGGGCAUCAACAAGUUGCGGGAACACUUGGAGCCGCUGGUUGGGAAGGGACUAAAAGCGGUGCUGCUGUUUGGCGUGGUGGAGAGCCCAAUGAAGGAUGAGCGAGCCACACAUGCGGACUCCGACAAGAAUCCUGUGGUGCGUGCCUUGCCCAAGCUGCGCGAAUGGUUUCCCUCGCUACUCAUUGCCUGUGAUGUUUGCAUCUGUCCGUAUGCGGAUCACGGCCAUUGUGGACUGCUCGACGAGUGCGGACUACAGAAUGCGCCGAGCAUAAAACGUAUUGCAGAGAUUGCAGUGGCCUAUGGACGUGCUGGUGCUCAUGUCGUGGCGCCCUCGGACAUGAUGGACAAUCGUGUAAAGGCCAUUAAACAAGCGCUUAUUGAUGCCAACCUGAAUAGCGUGUCGCUGUUGGCGUACUCCGCGAAAUUUGCCUCGAAUUUCUAUGGACCAUUCAGGGAGGCGGCGCAAUCCGCGCCUGCCUUUGGAGAUCGCAGAUGCUACCAGCUGCCUAGUGGCUCCAGAAAUUUAGCCAUGCGUGCCGUGCAGCGUGAUGUUAGCGAGGGCGCGGACAUGCUGAUGGUGAAGCCAGGAAUGCCAUAUUUGGAUAUUCUGCGACAGACCAAAGACACUUACCCCUAUCACACGCUCUACGUUUACCAAGUAUCUGGGGAAUAUGCCAUGCUCCAUCAUGCAGCUAAGGCGGGCGCAUUUGAUCUGCGUGCUGCCGUGCUGGAAGCAAUGAAGGGUUUCAAGCGUGCUGGCGCUGAUUGCAUCAUUACUUACUUCACGCCCUAUCUGCUGGAUAUAAUUAACGAAAAGGAGUGAUUGACAAGUGUACUUAAGCCUAGAGUAGUAUAGGCAACAAUCGAGAGCAAUUAAUCAGUCCACAAACUCCUCUUAUUAGAGUUAAGGCAAAACAGUGUUAAUAUUUUUAAAAAGUUUCGUUCAAUUGCUUAAGAGCUUCAAAUCGUUUAUGUAAUGCGUUUGAAUUUUGUUUACUUAUAUGUUUUUUGGUAUUUCUAUUCGUCGUUCAUGUAUAUAUGUAUGUAUGUACAUACAUACUGUAUGUAUGUAUGUACAUACAUACUGUAUGUAUGUAUGUGCGUACUUCCAGUAGCAACAAAUUAUUCAUUGAGCUGAUAAAGUUUAACAAAUUUGUAAGUCUAAUGUCCAGACGUCACAAUUCGUUGCCGGAUUUGGCAUUCAAAUUACUGCGCUCUCCAGAAGCACAAUAGGUCUUUAAAAGGGUAUAUGUAUGUUUAUAUACAUUUUAUAGUUAGGUACAUAGUAUGUAUAUGAAGACAACGGUUACAUAUGAUAGUGUGGCUAUCAAUAUAUAAACAAGCUUAGUAUAUUUUUUACACCAAUAGUAAAGCGAAUUUCACAACAGA